AUGUCAUUAGUACAAAAUUCGUCGACCAUUUUUGGAGAACGCCAAGAUCUACAUGCAUCACUUAAAUCUCUGAGAUCAGCAAAUCGAACAAACGAACAAGAGGGGGCGACAGGAGAGACUCUGGCCAGAAAGUCAAAUGCUGCUCUUUCAAAAGUUUACCGUCCAAAGCUUGACUUGCUAUCUGCAGCCUCGCUAAACGAAAUAGCACAGCCAACCAUAAAGACCAAAAGCAUAUCGAUGAUCACAAGCGAUGAUUUGAGAAUCCUUCAAGAUACUUUCAAGGAGGCUGACACUAACCUUAAGAGGGCAAUCUCGUCCACCAAGGCAGACUUUAUGAGAUGGAUGACCAUCGAUAUAGAUCUCUCAUCAAAGCUUGCGACGAAUUUGGCGUACAAGAGGCAGAAAACAGGUCUUUUCUGA